UGUCUGCGUCUUCUCGUCCGAAGGAUCAGUGGGGUCACGCGGAGGAAAUCGAGCUGGUGAACGAUGGAUCUGGUUUGGGCUUCGGCAUCGUGGGAGGGAAGACGACCGGGGUGGUGGUCAGGACGCUCAUCCCAAACAGCGUGGCUGACAAGGACGGACGUCUCCGCACAGGUGACUACAUCCUUCGCAUUGGGGCGACGCCCACCAGUGGCCUCACUAGCGACCAGGUCGUCAAGGUGCUGCAGGCGUGCGGGAGUCACGUGACCAUGCUGAUAGCUAGGGAUCCCCGGGGUCAGAGGUCAACUGCCCCGCCUCCCCCACCACCUCCAAACUCUGCCCCCGUCUCCUCUUUACCCCCCCAACCCCCAGACCUGCCCCCCCAACGUCGACUCAGCAAUACGCCCAACCUGGAGGGGUAUGAGAUCCACGAGGUUCCACUAAGCAAGAAGGAUGGCCAGAGCCUCGGCAUCUCCAUCAUUGGCUACAACCCCCUGACCAGCCAAGAUGCAGUCGGUGUGUUUGUGAAACAUGUCGUCCCAGGCAGCGCAGCAGAUCACAGCGGAAACGUCCGAAUCCACGACCGACUGCUCGCUUUGGACGGCGUCAGUCUUCACGGUCUGACCAAUCAGGAAGUUCUGGAGGUGAUGAAGAAGACCGGUCAGACCGUCGUCCUCACUCUGGUCAGAAAGAAACCCAGAACCCUGGAGAGAUCCCUGGACAAAGUGGAGAGGGAGUCAUCUCGUGUGUCAUUCAGGAGAUCGUUGGAGGUCAAGUCUCGCUCAUCUGGGUUGGACUUUACGACGCCAAACAUGGAACCAACGUACCCAAACGCAGCACAGCUAACAAGGG